GGAGAAUAGAGAGACAGCGGUAGCAAGUCUUGCUCCCUUCUUUUGCCCCGGCAGCCUUCUUCGCUGUCAGUGAAGAGCAGGCAUUGACUUUAGGAUGACAUCAACCAAGAGGACGAUGGGUCACCCACAGUGCCUGAGCUCCCUCUCCCCGAUCCUCCUCCUGCUCCUUUUCUUCCUCCCCCUGCUGUCUGCCCAGGAGGCGCUUGUGCGUCUAGCCGGGAUAGGCCGCCGCAAUGCAAAUGAGGGUCGUGUGGAGGUGUUUUACAAUGGAGCCUGGGGCACAGUGUGCGAUGAUGAGGUGGAUAUUAACCUCGCUAAUGUAGUGUGUCGACAGCUGGGCUUCAAGCGCAGCCUCACAUGGGCGCAUAGUGCCAAGUUUGGCGAGGGCCAAGGUCUGAUCUGGCUGGAUAAUGUGCGCUGCCAAGGCACAGAGCCCUCUCUUGCAGAGUGUUAUUCCAAUGGCUGGGGCAUCAAUGAUUGCACCCAUGCAGAGGACCUGGGAGUCAUUUGUGCCCCUGAGAGGAGGCCUGGCUUCCCCGCAGUCUCCUCGGAGGCGGCCCCCUCAGGCCAAGAGCGACAGCCACAACGACCACAGGGGAGAAGCCAGCCAGCCCAACCUUCACAAUCACGACCCGCGGCCCCUCCAGCUCCACCUUCAGCCCCAGACCAAAUCUCCUCUUCCUCCAGGAGAGGACAUGAGAUCGCCCUCCGCCGCGGGCCAUCCUCUUCCCGGCGGAGCAGCAAUUCACCACAGACGUAUGGCCACGAGAUACAAAUCUUGCGACGAAACAGUGGUGGCUCAAGGGCAGCUCAGCAGAGCAAUUUAGCGGUGCCCCAAGGGCACGAGCUACCCUCCCGUCUGGCUAACAGCGCAGCCUACAGGCAGCAGCAGGAGACGGGAAGGACUAGUCCACAAGCAGUGAGACGGGAGGCAGAGAGUCAGGUGAACAGGCUGUCCCAGCCACAGUCCCCACCAAGGAGACAUCAGCAGCCUGUUGGGAACCAUGUAGACUCUAAUUUCCCAGACAUCGAACCAGAGACCGAUACACACUACACCCAGGGCUCUGACAGGGGGCGCCUUGAAGAGGUACGUCUACGACCGGUACUGUCUGCCAACCAUGGUGGUCUGGUGACGGAGGGCGUACUGGAAGUGAAGCAUGCUGGGAGGUGGCGUCAUGUGUGUGACCAGGGAUGGGACCUCAGCAGCAGCCGUGUGGCCUGCGGCAUGUUGGGAUACCCUGCAGCAGAACCACUGGACCAGAACGCCUACAGGAAAUACUGGGACGCCAAGCUCGCAGAUCCAUCUUCAAGGCUGAGGACGCUCUCCAGUAAGAAGGGUUACUGGGUGGAGAAGGUCACUUGUACGGGUGUGGAGGUCUCACUGUCUGAGUGCCGAGUCCAGCUGUCUCUCUCAAGGAGUGAUGUUCCCUGUCGGGGUGGCAUGCAUGCUGUGAUGCGUUGUAUCAUAGGAGCCCAAUUCACACGCCUUGGCAGAACUCCCCCACCGCCAGCCAUGCAGCUGGUGGUCCGCCUAAAGGCCGGGCCCCGUCUGGGCGAGGGCCGUGUGGAGGUGCUGAGGGAAGGAAAGUGGGGCACUGUGUGCGACCACCUCUGGAACAUCAACGCAGCCAGUGUCGUCUGCAGGGAGCUGGGCUUUGGAACAGCAAAGGAGGCCCUCAACAGGGCCCAGCUCGGACAAGGGACCGGUCCCAUCCACAUGAAUAGUGUCCAGUGUACUGGUAGAGAGAAGUCCAUCAUGGAUUGCCACUACAGAGAAGUCCCACUGUACAGCUGUAAACACAGUCAGGAUGUAGCAGUCCGCUGUAAUGUUCCCAACACAGGCCUGCAGUCUACGGUGCGGCUGGCCGGAGGCAGGGCGUCCGCAGAGGGUCGGGUGGAGGUGCUGUUGGAGGUGGGGGGUGUUAAGCGCUGGGGGUCCGUCUGCAGCGAGAACUGGGGCAUCAACGAGGCCAUGGUGGUCUGUCGACAACUGGGCUUUGGCUUUGCUUCCAGUGCUCAUCAGGAGACCUGGUACUGGUCUGGCUCUCCAGAUGCCAGGGAUAUGGUUCUUAGUGGAACCCACUGUGAUGGUACAGAGAUAUCUAUCCAGCAGUGUCGUCGCAACACACAGGUCUACUGCCCGAGAGGAGGAGAGGGCAAAGCUGCUGGGGUCACUUGCGUAGAAACUGCUCCUGACCUGGUAUUGGAUGCCCAGCUUGUCCAGGAGACAGCCUACCUGGAGGACCGACCCCUCCACCUGUUGUCCUGCGCCAAUGAAGAGAACUGUCUGUCCUCCUCCGCUGCCAGAAUGAACUGGCCCUAUGGCCACCGCCGCCUUCUGCGCUUUUCCUCCAGAAUCAUGAACCUGGGCCGAGCAGACUUCCGUCCCAGAGCCAACAGAGAAAGCUGGACAUGGCACCAGUGUCACCGGCACUACCACAGUAUUGAGGUGUUCACCCAUUAUGACCUCCUAACCCUAAAUGGAACCAGGAUCGCUGAGGGUCACAAGGCCAGCUUCUGUUUGGAGGACACCUACUGUCCUGAUGGUCUUCAAAAGCGGUUUUCCUGCUAUAACAUGGGUGAGCAGGGAAUUUCUGUUGGAUGUUGGGAUACCUACCGCCAUGAUAUUGAUUGCCAGUGGGUUGACAUCACCGACGUACGUCCCGGAGAAUACAUUUUCCAGGUGGAGGUUAACCCCUCGCUGGACAUGGCUGAGUCUGAUUUCAAGAACAAUGUCAUGCGCUGCCGGUGCAAGUAUGACGGAGCCCGUGUUUACAUGUUCGGUUGCCAUGCAGGGGAUGCUUAUAGCCGUGACGUGGAGGACCUAUUUGACCACCAACAGCAGAUCUCCAACAACUUCCUCUGAAUAAAGAACAUCCAGGACUCAGAGGAGACCAACUAGACAACUCCUCGCCACCACAACUCAGCAAAUCAGGGGAAGUAGGGGAAGCAGUUUGAACGAACAGAACAGGAAUAUUGAAAGAGAGAUGAACGCAAAGCAACACACUCUCAAUGUGACUGACUCCUCCUGCCGAGAAUAUUCUUUGCUAGCCGAUGGGAAAGUGGGUUUGAGAGGGAGAAACAUGACUAAAGGGGAAGUAAAAAAAAGAGAAAAGGGAAAGAUUUUGGGCAAAGAGGAUCAUUAAGAUCCCUGAAUCAUCACCAAUUAUAGUUUCUGUUAAAUCAUCAACCACAGUGAGGUUGAACGUAGAAGGGGGAAAAAAGAAAUGGAGGAAAAAGGAAAACAGCAAGGUACAGAGGUAGGGAUACGGGAGUCACAAGUGAUAGGUGUGAAACCACAGUUCCAAAGUAAUGGCAUGAAGGCACAUGAAUACAACACAACCUGUAUGUUAUGAGUCCAUCUCGAAGUCGCCAUCUUUUCCAUACAGAUACUUUCUGAACAGAGACUUGUCUACAAAACUCUGUACAACUUUACCCUGAGAUGUGCUUCCUGUGCUUUCACCAUUCAGAAAUACAAACAGUGUUUACUGUCAAAACUGUUGGUGGUUAUUUCUUUGUUGGUUUGGGUCAUCUUUUUUUUUUUUUUUUUAACGAAAAUUGAAAUUUUU